AUGGAUUCUUCUUCUUUAAAUUAUUAUUAUUCGACAUCAUCUACAUCAUCCUCUCCUUCUUCUCCUCCUUCUCCAAAUAUAACAUCAACAUUUAAUAACAAUGAUAAUUUUGAAUGUCUUCAUUAUAUAAUUCAAAGUCCAGAUCCAACAAAUUCUUUAUUGGCUAUAAUUAUUUUUGGAAUAAUUUAUAUAAAUAUUUUUAUUUUUGGUUUAUUGGGGAAUUUAGCAAUUGUUUUGCUAACUCUUCGUUGUAGCCAUUUAAGAUCUGUUCAAAAUAUUUUUAUUUUAAAUUUGGCUUUAUCUGAUGUUAUUGUUUGCCUUCUAUCUUUACCCUUUACAUUAGUAACGAAUAUAUUUAAAGAAUGGCUAUUUGGUUCUGCUAUUUGCCAUUUACUUCCUAUGGUUCAGGCAGUUUCUGUAUUAGUAUCAACAUUUUCUUUAUCGGCAAUAGCCAUAGACAGAUAUUGGCUAGUUCACCGUCCACACGGUCAUUCACUUAGUCCAUCACAAGCUACUAUAGUUGCUUGUAUUUUAUGGGCAUUUUCUUUAUUUAUUUCAUUGCCAUAUGCUUAUUAUAUGGGUUUGGAAGAAUAUGAAGGAUAUUGUGGACAGUUUUGUUCUGAACAAUGGCCAAAUACCCAAAUAAGGAGAGGAUAUGCUUUAGCUGUUUUAGCUUUACAAUUUCUUUUACCUUUUUUGACAAUGUCUUUUUGUUAUGCUUCUAUAUUUUCGAGGCUUAGAAGAAGAAAUAAUACAAAAUUAAAAAAAUUAAAUGAAAGACAAAUUAUGUUGGCUAGACAAUCUAACAAUUAUGAAAAUGGAUUAAUUGUUGAAGAAAAGGUUGAUUGUUUAUCAAGAAAAACUUCUUCGUUUUGUGAAGAAAAUGUUGGGGGAAAAAUCAGAGUAAAUGCUUUAAAUAAACAACAAAGAAGAACAACAACCAUAUUAGCUACUGUUGUGCUAUUUUUUGGUUUAGCCUGGUUACCUCAAAAUGUUUUAACAAUGAUUAUUGAAUAUGAUAUACAUUUACUAAAUUGGGGGAAUGUUAAUUAUUUAUAUUUACUUUCCCUCAUAUCACAUUGUCUUGCAAUGACAACAAAUGUUGCUAAUCCAAUACUUUAUGCUUGGCUAAAUCCGACAUUUAAAGAACUUUUUAUGAGAACAACAAUAAUUCCUCUAAUUUUCAGAAAAAGAAAAGAAAAUAAUUUAAUUCAAACUUCAACAAAACAAUUAAACACAACAUCUAUUAGAUCCUCUAUACAAAAUAAUAAUAAUAAUCCUUUAAACGAAAAAAGAAUUUUGGUUCAUUUAAAUAAUUUUAAAAAUUAA